CGGCGCGUGGGGGCGGCGGUGCGGCCAAUCAGCGCCGCGCUCUCUUCGGUGCAAACAGGAGCACAAUGGAGCGAGCGGCGGGCGCGCUGCAGCCAAGCUUGGCGCGAGCGGCGCGCGGCUGACGGGCCGGCCCGCCAAUGGGCGACGGCGCGCGGCUCUGGGCAGCCAAUGGGCGCGCUGCGGGGGCGGGCCCGAGCGAGGUUAGGGUGUCCUUGCUGGGUGCUGGGCUAAACUUCACCAAAUAAAAGCUGUUUGUGUUGGGGCGGCUGCGGAGCCAUUUUGGAAAUAACAUUCAUCCCAGAUUUGAUGAUAAUGAAAAUACAGAAAAAAGAAAAGCAGCCGCCAAGCUUAAAAACACUGAGCCUCUCCCCAAUGUCGUCUGCCUGGGAGUGCAAGACGCAGGAUACCUUUGCCAGCAGUGAGGAACAGGACAAGGUGCCCCACCAGGUGACAGUGACAGCCACAAACACAGGUGGCCAGUGCCAGUGCCCAAAGGAGGAGCCCAAUGGGGCUGCCCAGAAGCGGACAAGUGCCCAGAACGGGAUGCAGGACAGUGGGGGCACAGGGGUGAAGAAGAAACGGAAGAAAAAGGAUCUGGGAGAGCAGGAAGGGGGAGAUAAAGCAGCUGUGGAGGUGAAACCAAAGAGGAGGAGAGAGCCUAAAGAACCAAAAGAGCCUAAAAAGGUGAAGGAGUCCAAGAAGCCGAAGGAGCCUAAGCAGAGGGAGGUGGCUAAGAAGCCCCGGAAACCUCGGGAACCCAAAGCUCCAAAGGAGUCUAAAGACAAGAAGAGUGGCUCUGAGCCAGCCCCUAGAUCAAGAUCCAAGAAGAGCAGCAAAGACACCCCUGUGGAGAAGAAGAAGAAAGGGAAGAGGAAAAAUGAGAUACCAGUGAACAGUUUGGAUUUGGAUCAGGAUCUCCUGAGCCCAUCCGUACAGAGCCCAGAGGAGUCUGCAGAGUCAGCUGACAGCCAGAAACGACGCUCAGGACGGCAGGUGAAGAGGAGGAAGUACAACGAGGACCUGGAUUUCAAGGUUGUGGAUGAUGACGGCGAGACAAUUGCCGUGCUGGGAGCUGGGCGAACCUCCGCGCUCUCAGCCUCUACUCUGGCGUGGCAGGCAGAGGAGCCUCCUGAGGAUGAUGCCAAUAUAAUUGAGAAGAUCCUUGCCUCCAGGAUGGUGCAGAAGGAGGCUCAUCCUGGAGGCCUGGCAUUUGAGACAGAGGAGUUCUACGUCAAGUACAGGAACUUCUCUUACCUCCACUGUAAAUGGGCAACGCUGGAGGAGCUGGAGAAGGACCCCAGGAUCUCACAGAAGAUAAAGCGCUUCCGGAACAAGCAGGCUCAGAUGAAACAUAUUUUUACAGAGCCUGAUGAAGAUUUGUUCAACCCUGACUACGUGGAGGUAGAUAGAAUUCUGGAGGUGGCUCACACAAAGGACCCUGACACUGGGGAGGAGGUGACUCACUACUUGGUGAAGUGGUGCUCACUGCCCUAUGAGGAGAGCACUUGGGAGCUGGAGGAGGAUGUUGACCCAGGGAAGAUUAAAGAGUUUGAAGCUCUCCAAAUUCCUCCAGAAAGCAAGCACAUGGUAACGUACCCUGAGGAGCGCCCAGCGUCUGAGUCCUGGCAGAAGCUGGAGAAGUCCCGGGAGUACAAGAACAGCAACCAGCUGCGGGAGUAUCAGCUGGAGGGAAUGAACUGGCUGCUCUUUAACUGGUAUAACAGGAAGAACUGCAUCCUGGCUGACGAGAUGGGGUUGGGGAAGACAAUCCAGUCAAUCACUUUCCUCUCAGAGAUAUUCCUGAUGGGCAUCCAUGGCCCCUUCCUCAUCAUCGCACCUCUCUCCACCAUCACAAACUGGGAGAGGGAGUUCCGCACCUGGACAGAGAUGAACGCCAUCGUGUACCACGGCAGCCAGAUCAGCCGGCAGAUGAUCCAGCAGUACGAGAUGGUGUACAGGGACACACAGGGUAACCCUCUCCCUGGGAUCUUCAAGUUCCAGGUGGUUAUCACCACCUUUGAGAUGAUCCUUGCUGACUGUCCAGAGCUGAAAAAGAUCCAGUGGCGCUGUGUGGUCAUUGAUGAGGCACAUCGUCUAAAGAACAGGAACUGCAAACUCCUGGAGGGGCUGAAGCUCAUGGCCCUGGAGCAUAAGGUGCUGCUAACAGGUACCCCCCUGCAGAACUCGGUAGAGGAGCUCUUCAGCCUCCUAAAUUUUCUGGAGCCACAGCAGUUCCCCUCAGAGACAGCCUUUCUGGAAGAGUUUGGAGACCUGAAGACAGAGGAGCAGGUGAAGAAGCUGCAGUCCAUCCUGAAGCCCAUGAUGCUGCGACGGCUGAAGGAUGAUGUAGAGAAGAAUCUGGCACCCAAGCAGGAGACCAUCAUUGAGGUGGAGCUGACCAAUAUCCAGAAGAAAUACUACCGGGCCAUCCUGGAGAAGAAUUUCUCCUUCCUCUCCAAGGGUGCCAACCAGCACAAUAUGCCCAACCUUAUCAAUACCAUGAUGGAGCUGCGCAAGUGCUGCAAUCACCCAUACCUCAUCAAUGGGGCAGAGGAGAAGAUCCUGGAAGACUUCCGUAAAACACACUGCCCAGAGGCACCAGAUUUCCAGCUGCAGGCAAUGAUCCAGGCAGCUGGGAAGCUGGUGCUUAUUGACAAGCUGCUUCCUAAGCUGAUUGCUGGUGGGCACAAGGUGCUCAUCUUCUCACAGAUGGUGCGCUGCCUUGACAUCCUGGAGGACUAUCUCAUCCAGAGACGGUACACCUAUGAGCGCAUCGACGGGCGGGUGCGCGGCAACCUGCGCCAGGCUGCCAUCGACCGCUUCUGCAAACCCGACUCGGAUCGCUUUGUCUUUCUCCUGUGCACGCGGGCCGGCGGGCUGGGCAUCAACCUGACCGCUGCUGACACCUGUAUCAUCUUCGACUCUGACUGGAACCCACAGAAUGACCUUCAGGCUCAAGCUCGCUGCCACCGUAUUGGGCAAAGCAAGGCCGUGAAGGUCUAUCGCCUCAUCACCAGGAACUCCUAUGAGCGGGAGAUGUUUGACAAGGCCAGCCUGAAGCUGGGCCUGGAUAAAGCUGUGCUGCAGGACAUCAACCGCAAGGGCAGCACCAAUGGGGUUCAGCAGCUCUCCAAGAUGGAGGUGGAGGACCUGCUGCGGAAGGGUGCCUAUGGCGCACUCAUGGAUGAGGAGGAUGAGGGGUCAAAGUUCUGUGAGGAAGACAUUGAUCAGAUCCUCCAGCGCAGGACACAGACCAUCACAAUCCAGUCUGAAGGAAAGGGCUCCACAUUUGCAAAGGCCAGCUUUGUAGCAUCAGGAAACAGAACGGACAUUUCCUUAGAUGACCCCAACUUCUGGCAAAAGUGGGCCAAGAUAGCAGAGCUUGAUACAGAUGCCAAGAAUGAAAAGGAGAGCCUGGUCAUUGACAGACCCCGGGUGCGGAAGCAAACCAAACAUUACAACUCCUUCGAAGAGGACGAGCUGAUGGAGUUCUCUGAGCUGGACAGUGACUCGGAUGAGCGACCCACACGCUCGCGGCGCUUGAACGAGAAGACGCGGCGAUACCUGCGGGCUGAGUGCUUCCGUGUGGAGAAGAACCUGCUCAUAUUUGGCUGGGGACGCUGGAAAGAUAUCCUGACCCAUGGGCGGUUCAAGUGGCACCUGAAUGAGAAGGACAUGGAGAUGAUUUGUCGGGCCUUGCUGGUGUAUUGCGUCAAACACUACAAAGGGGAUGACAAGAUCAAGAGUUUUAUCUGGGAUCUCAUCACGCCGACAAAGGAUGGCCAGAAUCAGGCUCUGCAGAAUCACUCAGGUAGCUUGUCAGCACCGGUGCCCAGAGGCAGGAAGGGGAAGAAGACAAAGAACCAGAUGCUGCUUCCUGAGAUAAAGAACGCAGACUGGCUUGCCACCUGCAACCCCGAGGUGGUGCUCCAUGAUGACAGCUACAAGAAGCACCUCAAACAACACUGCAAUAAGGUUCUGCUGCGGGUGCGAAUGCUCUACUACCUGAAGGCUGAAGUACUGGGAGAGGCUGCGGAUAAAGCCUUUGAGGGCACCCCUGCCAGGGAGCUGGAUGUGCUGCUGCCAGACAUUGAUUAUGUGGAGAUCCCAGUGGACUGGUGGAAUGCCGAAGCCGAUAAAUCCCUGCUCAUCGGCGUCUUCAAGCACGGUUAUGAGCGGUACAACGCCAUGCGGGCAGACCCAGCGCUGUGUUUCCUGGAGAAGGUGGGCAUGCCAGAUGAGAAGCUGCUCUCUGCCGAGCAGGGCGUCAGCGAUGGGGCACAGGAUGCUGCUGAAAGGGGCAUCAUGGAGAAAGAAGAGAACAGUGGAGAAAAGCUGGAGGGGCUGUCAAAACGGGAGGACAUCGUGGCUGCUGGGGUGGGUGAAACCAGUGAGAAGCGGGACGAGCCAGCGGCAGCCCAGGAUGGCUCUGACUCAGACAGAUCCUGCUGGCCUGUCUCCUCUGCUCUCACGGCCAGACUGCGGCGCCUUGUCACUGUCUACCAGCGCUGCAACCGCAAGGAGCUGCCUCCCCGCGCCGAGAUGCUGGUGCCCGGUAACCAUGGCUACUGGCUGCAGGAUGAGAUGUUCAGGAGAGCCUCUGAGAUGGACUUGAUGAACAAAGAAAUGCAGAAAAGGUGGACCAGGAGGGAGCAGGCAGACUUCUACCGCACUGUCUCCUCCUUUGGGAUUAUCUACGACCAAGAGAAAAAAAUCUUUGACUGGGCCCAGUUCCGAGCCAUCUCGCGACUGGAGAAGAAGACAGAUGAGAGCCUGGAGAAGUAUUUCUACAGCUUUGUGGCCAUGUGCAAGAAUGUCUGUGGUCUCCCUUUAUGGAAAGAGGAUGGUCCUCCAGACCCUGACAUCUAUGUGGAGCCCAUCACGGAGGAGCGUGCUGCCAGGACCCUGUACCGCAUCGAGCUGCUGCGGAAGGUGCGCGAGCAAGUGCUCAAGUGCCCCCAGCUCCACGAGCGCCUCAAGCUGUGCCAGCCCAGCCUCUACCUGCCCGUGUGGUGGGAGUGUGGCAAACACGACCGGGACCUGCUGAUCGGCACUGCCAAGCACGGCCUGAACCGCACUGACUACUACAUCAUGAAUGACCCCCAGCUGUCUUUUUUAGACGCAUACAGAAACUAUGCCCAGCAUAAAAGAACAGGGCUCCCAGGCCCAGAAACCCUUUGCUGUCUUUACCAGUCUAACUCCAAACUCUACAGUUCCCCUGUGUACAGCCAGAUGGACCAGUCCUGUGAAACCCUGGAGAACGAAGCUGAGAGUCAUAUCAAGCUAGAAACUGUGGACAGCACCAUGUCCCAGGCUGGUGGCAGCCCGCUGGACGCACACUGUGAAACAUUCAUGUCUGAAGUCCGGGACAUCAUUUCCAGCAACUACGACGAGAGCUCACUGCCAGACUCGCUGGUGUGCAUGAUGUACGAUGAGAAGGCCUGUCCCAGCGAGCAGAGCUCCCUCACCAGGGACAGCCCAAGCUGCACAGAUGUCGGAAGCAGCGUCGCCAAACUCUCUGAGGGCAAGCUGGAGGGGGAUGAGGAUCCAUCCAGCUGCGAUGCAGAUGCCAUGAGAGAGGUUCCCUUCCUAGAAGGUUUGCAGGUGGUCUCUGACCAAAUGGACAAUCAGAAUGAGGAAGCUGAGCCUUCACCUUCUACCCCUGAGAGCAAUCCCUCACAGAGUGCCCCAUCCAAACUCAGCAAAGGCUUGGAACAGAAAGGAGCACUUGCCAGCCCAGCAACAGGGCUGCCUGAGCAUGGCACCAUGGAAAGGGUCCUAAGUGUCGGGCUCUACAGUCCCAGUCUCCAUAACUAUGAACUAAAAGUUCCUCCUGAGCAGAGGUUCAUCAGUCUGCUGCAGGAGAAAGGAUUAGAGGCAAAGUCGGGGCCAAGUCAGAGCCACAGUGAGGAAGAUGAGGAGGAAGAAGAGGAUGAUGAUAACUCUGAGGCAGCAGCAGAUGCCGAGGAAGGCUUGAAUGGUUCCGGGACCAGGGCUGAUUUUGACCCCGAGGCUCAUGAACUGGGGGGUGAGGAGCAGAGCUCUGGUCUCCCCACACCUGAGGACACUUGCCCAGAAGAUGUGAAUGGCGAGAGAGAGUCCCUGGGUCUGGGGGAGCCCGGGGCAGAGGUCAGGGAGGACUGUGGCUUGAAUGAGGAGAGCACCCAGCAGCAUUCACCGGGCCAGGCUCAGAGCCAGCCCUUCAGCCUGCCUGCACCUCUGCCUCAGGGGGGGCCUCGUGGGGCAGAGACUCCCUGUGUCAGGGGGGAGCCCUUGGGGCAAGGUGCUGAGGGGCAGACAGGCUGCAUGGAGACCCUGCACCCUGAGCCUCAGGGCAUAAAGCAAGAAGAGUGUGAGAACAGAGAUGAUGGGGAGAAAGCCAGCAGCAACCAGAGCCAAGAUGGUCCAGAGAAGUACUUGGAGGAAGAGAACAAGAAUUCUGCUUCUGUCCUGCCUGGGGAGAUUGAUGAUCUUCAGGAUGCCCGGGCACCAACCAUUGCCCAGCUGCUGCAGGAGAAGACACUUUAUUCCUUCUCUGAGUGGCCUAAGGACCGUGUGAUCAUCAACCGCAUUGACAAUAUCUGCCAUGCCAUCCUGAAGGGCAAGUGGCCUUCCUCCAGCCAGCAGUUUGAGGCACAGAGCCUGCUAACAGCCCCAGCCAUGGCCAGCAACAUCGGCAGCAGGAGCAGCUUUACCGAAUCAGAAGCCCCUGAUCCCACCUUCAGUAAUGGGGUCUUAAUGUCACGGGUACAAAAGGAAGGUUUCCUGAGCCCUACCUUUGCAAAAGAUGAGCGGAAGCACAGGAGACCCUAUGAAUUUGAGAUGGAGAGAGAUGCCAAACAGAGGAGCCUGGAGCAGCUGGCAGCAGCCCGUGUCCAUCCGCCCAUUGUGCUGAACGGCUGGCGCGAGGCAGCGGUGGACUUGUCCAGAGGCUCUGAUGGGUCCCCAGGGAACUCCUCUCCUUUCCCCCUGAACACAAACAUGCCCAAACUGGGGACCGUGAAUGCCCUCCAGAGCUCCCUGGGCAUGGACUUGUCUGGCAUCCUACAGGCAGGAUUAAUCCAUCCUGUCACUGGACAGAUUGUAAAUGGCAGCCUCCGAAGAGAUGAUGCUGCCAUGAGGAGGAGACGGGGCAGGAGGAAAAAUGUUGAAGGGAUGGACCUCAUCUUCUUGAAGGAGAGGCCUCUUCCAAACAGGCUGCAGGAUGUUCAGGAAGACCAGCCACAGCCCCCUCAGAGCAGUCCCCUCCCUGAUGGGCCGGUUGCAGCUACCUCAACUCCACAGCCAGUCCCAGCUGCAGGCAGCCAAGAGAAGGCUGUCCCGAAUAAGAGUCUCCUUGACUGGCUCCGGCAGCAGUCUGACUACACACUCGAUGUCUCCAGCUUUGGCACAAAUUUUUCAGACAAGCCCAAGCAGAGGAGGCAGCGCUGCAAGGACCCCAGCAAACUGGACAUUAGCUCUCUGACGGGAGAGGAGCGAGUGCCGGUGGUACAUAAGGGUACCGGACGGCGGUUAGGGGGAGCCACGGCACCAGCAUUGAAGGAAUUGCCAAGGUGGCUUGAUGCAAACUUGGAGUAUGCUGUUGCAGCUGACUGGGCUGACAUUGUUAAGCUUUCAGGCUACUUACCUGAAAACAAAUUCAAUCGCAUCCUCACCGAGCCUGUGCUCCGGGACACUGGGCCGCGCCGGAGAGGGAGGAGGCCCCGGAAUGAACUCCUUAAAGGCCCUGGUGUUGUAGCAGAUUCUUCUUCUGGAAUGGGACCACUGUUCAUGAAUGGACUAAUUGCUGGGAUGGAUCUAGUGGGACUUCAGAACAUGAGAAAUAUGCAAGGGAUCCCUCUGACUGGGCUGGUUGGGUUUCCUGCUGGCUUUGCAGCAGUGCCCUCUGGUGAGGAUGUGAAGAGCACCCUGAGCAUGUUGCCCAUGAUGCUCCCGGGCAUGGCGACUGUACCCCAGAUGUUCGGUGUGGGAGGACUCCUCAACUCCCCGAUGACCACAACUUGCACUGCGACUGCUCCGACUUCGUUAACAAGCACAACGAAAGGUGGCACAGCCAGCACCGAAAAAGCCAAUGAGGAGAAACAGGGCAGCCAGGAUGGGAAAAGGGAGCCUCUCACUGAAGACAAGCCUGGUCCUAGUUCAUUUUCUAAUCAGACAGAAUCUGCAAUAACUACCAGUAGUCCUGUAGCUUUUAACCCAUUUCUUAUCCCAGGGAUGUCUCCUGGACUGAUCUAUCCCUCCAUGUUCCUUUCCCCUGGCAUUGGCAUGGCGCUGCCUGGCAUCCAGCAAACCAGGCACUCGGAGGCGGCGAACCUGGAGAGCCAGAAGCGGAAGAGGAAGAAAGCGAAAGGGGAAUUGGCAAAUCCAGAGCCAGAAACUGUCUCACUGCCAGAAAAAGAAGCUGCAAACAGUCAAAACUGUGUGCAGCAGAGCCUGCCAGUGGUGGCAGAGAAGGAGCAGGACGGACCAGCAGAGGAGGAGCGCCAAGUAGCUCAUGAUACCGAUUAGACCUUUUGUUUCAUUGAAAGAAAAACACAAAAAGAUGGUGGUUUGUGAGUUUCUUAUCCCAUAAACUCUUUGUUACUUCCCCUCCCACCCUACUCCACCUUCAUAAACCUGUGUUUCCAUGAGUAAUAUUAUCUACCUAAUUCCCUGUCAGAAAAAACUGGUGACAUACUACAUGUUAAUAGUUGCAGGGUCUUGCCACUUUAUUAGAUAAACAGUGUUGUCUAGCUAGUAUGGGAGGCACUGAAUUCUCAUUCUGUUUUUCCAGUCGAUCAUCCCAGCUGACAAUAGCAAAUCCAGUACUUGGUCACCCCCCGCAAAUUGCUCACUCCU